AUGGACCUCGUUUCAGCCCCCAGCGGGGAGAGCUCCUCGUUGAAGAAUCCGGUGCUCGAGGUGGCCUCCGCGGAUGUAUCAAAGGCCGGCACCGCAACGGAGAACAUCGCCGCUGCAAAGGGAGAAGUCUCCCAGUCUGAGUAUGAGACCGACAGCGACGGCUCGGGCGACGAGUGGGAGACUCAGUCUCUGUACGAAGAUGCCAUUCAAGUCCUGCGCGACGAGCAGCUUCGGGAGGGUGUCCCUGAUGCAUGCACUUUGGAUGAAGCCGUCGCUUAUCGGAAACGACUCCAUGAGAUUGGCAAGGCCGCAUUUGUCGAAGAAACGCUGGGUCAAGAUACAGUGACGGCGAAGAAGUUGUGUACUGCGUUCGGGAUCUUGCCUCCUGCCUUCCUCGACGAUGCGCCGGACGAGGCCUUUCACCCGUUACUGGCUAUUGCGAUUUCGCGCGAAUUCUCCAGGCGACCCAAACUUCCUCAGUAUAAUACUAUCGAUGAUGCGGUCAGGUUGCUCAAGGAGUGCAAGAACAUUGUCGUUUUGACGGGUGCCGGUAUCUCUACCAGCCUUGGGAUCCCCGAUUUUCGGUCAAAGGACACUGGUCUCUACUCCCAGUUGGCGCAUUUGGGUCUCAGCGAUCCCCAGGAGGUCUUUGACAUUCAGGUGUUCCGCGAGGAUCCAAGCAUCUUCUUCUCCAUCGCAAAGGAUAUAUUGCCCACCGAGAAGAAGUUCUCCCCAACUCAUGCCUUUAUCCGACUACUACAAGAUAAGGGCAAAUUGUUGACCAACUACACCCAGAAUAUCGACAACAUCGAAGCCAAUGCUGGGGUGCUACCGGAGAACAUCGUGCAAUGCCAUGGCUCAUUUGCCACGGCUACAUGUGUCAAGUGUCAGCGUAAGGUUAUGGGUGAUGAAAUAUUCGAUGAGAUCAAGAAGGGGGUCAUCCCUCAGUGUACUUCUUGCCCGACAAUCUUUGCGGAAGAUUCAGGGGUCAAACGGAAGCGUAACAGCAACGGCGUCCACCGGAGCCGAAAGGACAAUGAUGGGGACAGCUCCGAUGAUGACUACGAAAUUCCUACUGCUGGAGUCAUGAAGCCUGACAUUACCUUCUUCGGGGAAGACCUUCCCGAUGAAUUCGGCCAUCGGCUGCUACACCAUGACCGUGACCGGGUAGACUUGGUCAUUGUCAUUGGCACUUCGUUGAAGGUCGCCCCUGUAGCGGAAGUUCCAGGCGUAUUGCCUCGCACCGUCCCUCAGCUAUAUAUCUCCCGUACUCCCGUAUCGCAUACGGAGUUCGAUAUCGAUCUUCUGGGCGACUGCGACGUCGUUGUGUCUGAGCUCUGUCGCCGGGCCGGAUGGGAACUGAAGCAUGAAAUGAUUCCAGCGGAUGAGAAGGUCGAAGUGCUUCCAGUGGAGGGUUACGAGUCACGACAUGUGUUUAAGGUUGUCGGCGCAUAG